CGGGCGCGUGCACUUUGCCAGAGCCGGUGCUGCUGCUGCUGCUGGGAGAGCAAGCCGCUCUGAGGACAUUAUUUUGUUGAUUAUUUAUUCCGAUUUGCUCGUUUUUACACCGACAUCCCUAACCGGUGCAACAUGCGCGAGAUCGUUCAUCUGCAGGCGGGACAAUGCGGCAACCAGAUCGGAGCCAAGUUCUGGGAGGUGAUCAGCGAUGAGCACGGCAUCGACCCCACUGGUACCUACCACGGAGACAGUGACCUGCAGCUGGACCGCAUCAGCGUCUACUACAAUGAAGCCACAGGAGGGAAAUAUGUUCCUCGAGCCAUCUUGGUGGAUCUGGAACCAGGAACCAUGGACUCGGUUCGAUCUGGACCUUUUGGACAGAUCUUCAGACCCGACAACUUUGUCUUUGGCCAGAGUGGUGCUGGGAAUAACUGGGCCAAGGGCCACUACACCGAGGGAGCCGAGUUAGUGGACUCCGUCCUUGAUGUGGUGCGUAAGGAGGCUGAGAGCUGCGACUGUCUGCAGGGUUUCCAGCUCACCCACUCUCUGGGAGGUGGCACCGGCUCUGGCAUGGGUACACUGCUAAUCAGCAAGAUUCGCGAAGAAUAUCCCGACCGUAUCAUGAACACCUUCAGCGUGGUGCCUUCACCCAAAGUGUCAGAUACAGUGGUGGAGCCCUACAAUGCCACACUGUCUGUGCACCAGCUGGUGGAGAACACUGACGAGACCUACUGCAUUGACAACGAAGCUCUGUACGACAUCUGCUUCCGUACGCUCAAGCUGACCACACCCACUUACGGUGAUCUGAACCAUCUGGUCUCGGCCACCAUGAGCGGAGUCACGACUUGCCUUCGCUUCCCCGGGCAGCUGAACGCUGAUUUGCGAAAGCUGGCUGUCAACAUGGUGCCAUUCCCACGUCUUCACUUCUUCAUGCCUGGUUUUGCACCCUUGACCAGCAGGGGCAGUCAGCAGUACCGUGCACUUUCCGUCCCUGAACUGACGCAGCAGAUGUUCGACGCUAAAAACAUGAUGGCUGCCUGCGAUCCACGCCACGGCCGUUACCUCACCGUUGCUGCUGUGUUCCGUGGCCGCAUGUCCAUGAAGGAGGUCGACGAGCAGAUGCUUAAUGUCCAAAACAAGAACAGCAGCUACUUUGUAGAAUGGAUCCCCAACAACGUCAAAACAGCCGUGUGUGACAUCCCACCACGCGGCCUCAAGAUGGCCGCUACCUUCAUCGGCAACAGCACGGCCAUCCAGGAGCUGUUCAAACGCAUCUCUGAGCAGUUCACUGCCAUGUUCAGGAGAAAGGCCUUCCUCCACUGGUACACAGGAGAAGGAAUGGAUGAGAUGGAGUUUACUGAGGCUGAGAGCAACAUGAACGACCUGGUUUCCGAGUACCAGCAGUACCAGGAUGCCACGGCUGAAGAGGGAGAGUUUGAGGAGGAGGGUGAAGAAGAGGCUGCCUAAAUUGCCCCAUUAUCUCUUCCUUUUACGGUUGCUUCCUUUGUGUUUUCUUGCUUAUCUUCCCACAUUCCCCUCUUGUACUCACUCAGGUGUUUUGUGAAGGUAUAUCUGUUCAUGAUAAAAACUCUCAUCGAUGCAUUCUCACUUUAGGGGUGGAGGAUAAUAUUUCCCGUGCUCUCGUAAAGGUAACUUAGUCGGUUCAACUCAGUCUGUUGUUUUCCUGUUGUGGGCACAACUCACAGUCUAGAAUACCUACCUGUUUUCAAAUGCAAAGCAACCUUAACUUCCGCUAUGACUGAAUAAAAAUGUGUUUAAAUGAAUAUAA